AGUCAUUUUCACUGCAAUCAGACAUUCACAAUACUCUGCAAAUUCUCUCUCCAACUUAACCUUGGUUAUUAUCCAUUGAAGAUUGUCCAACCUCUGCUUCCAUUCAGGGUCGGCGAACAAGAAUGUCUCGCGCUCCGCUACUCAUUAAGGAUCUGGUCCAGGGAAAUCAAGUUUGGAAGAUGCUAAUAAGGGUUAUUGAUGUGUGGGUUGUUAAGGAAAAAACAGGAUCACAACACCUUGAGUUCAUCAUUCAAGAUGGAAAGGGUGAUCGGAUUCAUGCCAUCUCUAGGAGCAGAGACUUCCAAGAUUGGAUCGAACAAGUCAAAGAGCAUGAAACAUAUUCCCUCUAUAAUGGAGAGCCUGUUAUCAAUGAUGGACCUUUCAAAGUGUGUUCUAACCCACUAAAACUUCUAUUCAACGGAGGUACUACCAUGACCAAUUUGGAAAUACCAGAAAUACCGAGACACAGAUACAACUUUCACCCUAUUGCAGAUUUUCUCAAGGGAAGCUACAAACCUGACAUGUUAUACGAUGUGAUUGGUGUUUUUCAAGAUGUGCUUAAGACGCAAAUGGGUGGUGGUGGAAGGAAGUCUUGCGUCAAUAUCACUCUGCGUGAUAUUGAAGGAAACGUGAUCGAGGUUGCCUUGUGGGAUGAUUACUGCAAACAGUUUAUGAACUACAAUACCCCUGGCAAGAUGGUUGGUCCUACUAUUAUUGUCUUGACACAUGCGUGGUGCAUGAUAAACACAGUUUCUGGAGCACGGAGUCUCUCAAAUGCAUGGAGUGGCUCAAGACUUCUCAUUAAUGUGGAACAUCCCCAAAUUGAUGAAUUCAAAGUAAGCUAUGGAGGAACUGAAAAUUCCAAUGCGCCUUCGCUGUCCUUGACUUGUGAAUCUUCCUUUCAAUCUGCUAACAAAAGUUGGACCAACCUCAACGAAGUCAAAAGUAUCCGUGCAAUCAAGGAAGGAAAGAAGGACUGUUUCGCAACCACCAUUGGAACUACAAAACAUUUCAAAGCUUCCAGGUUUGGCCGGUUUUUUGAGUCAUGCCCGGGCUGCAGAUCAUCUAACAAGUCACAAGGUGAAACUUUUGAAUGUGCAUGCGGAAUUACCAAUGUCGAACCCGUAACCAAAUUCAAAGUUGAAGUUGAACUUGAGUAUGAUAACUACAAGGGUACCUUUGUUUUUUGGGACAAGGACGUUAUCCCUUACACGAAAUUGAGUGCAAAGGAGUUACGAGCAGUUAUGAAGGAGGCUGGUGAAGAGAAUCCUACGAUUUGGCCUAUUCACCUCGAUGUGUUGUUGAACAAACAAAUGGUUUUCCGAGUCAAGUAUCAAUCGAGUUUCGAGCAGUUCUCUAUCGUCGCAAUACUUAACGAUGACAACCUUUUCAACACUUUUGAUAACCACCUCUGCCCCAAUGAGCUUACUUCAAAUGCUGCUGUUGUGGGUAAUGAAUCCAACACUCCUACUGAUCAUCCAAUCCAACCAAUUGUUACACAUUCUGAUGACUUAGAGCUAACUGCACAGCCAGCCUUGGAUGCAAACUGUUCAGGGAGCCCAACUGCAAGCUCUAGCUCCACUCCGGCCAAGCGGGUUGCUGCAUCAACCUAUGUUAAUGAACCCAUUCUGGCUGCAGAACUGACCCCUAAGCAAUCUGCUACCAAAGCCAAGGCUGGGAAGAAAAUUAAGCAUAUCAAGAAGGAGUAAUUUGGGAGAGAGUCAUUCAGAAGCCAUAUCUUUUUUGAUGCCACUUUUAAUUUGACACCUUCUAUGUAAGGAAACUAUUCAAGUACUAUGUGUUUUAUAGUUUGAUUUUAUGUUUGAAUGCAUGUUCUAUGCCCUUGAAACAAUGCACUUUAACUCCUCAACAUACUAUUU